AUGAAACUUCAAUAUGUUCUUCCUAAAGAAAAGAUGUGUGUAACUAAUGGGACGCUUCACCAACACUUGCACAAAGGCCGUGAAAACCAGACUGGUUGUGCUCUGCUCUCAUGGGAAAACCGUUUAAGGAUAGCCUUGGAGGUUGCGGGUGCAUUAUCUUACCUGCAUGCUGAAGCUUCGAUACCCAUAAUCCACAGAGAUGUCAAGUCAAGUAAUGUACUCCUAGACGAUGAAUACAAAGCAAAGGUUCCAGAUUUCGGUGCUUCAAGGUUAAUUCCUGGGGACCAAGCUCAUCUGAGCACAAUAGUUCAAGGUAUUUUUGGGUACUUUGAUCCUGAAUACAUGCUUUCAAACCAGCUAACAGAGAAAAGCGAUGUCUACAGCUUUGGUGUUUUGCUUGUGGAAUUGCUAACAGGUAAAGCAGUAUUUUCUCCAAAAAGAGUUAAAGAGGAAAGAAUCUGGCAAAUGUUUUUCUUUCUGUGA